CCUGCGUGAUUCGCCGAGAAGUAGCCCCGAUGACGCUCAGGAAAAACUUCUUAAACCUAAAAUGACGAUUCGACAACAUUCGAUCUCUUGGAUUUAAUGGACACGGACACGCGGCAGCAAUACCACACCGCAAGUUUACAUAACAUGAAGUGUCCCAGCUGGAACGGUUCAUUGCAUAUUUCACCAGAUAAUUCUCAAAACUUGAAUUUUCAAAAUUCUCUGCGAUUAUAAAAAACAACAUAUGUAUGUUCUAGGAUAAGAUUAUCCUAGAUGUUUUCAUCAAAAGCAAAAUGAACACAGCCUGUGCCUUUGUGCUUUUCCUUUUGCUCUCGGUCUCUGUUUCAGCAGGUUCUCAUAUUUUGACGGGGCUUGCAACUUACAUUAGAGGAGAAAGCGCAUUUAGUGCUUCAUUUAUGUUGGAUGACAUCACUGUAGGAUAUUAUGAUUCAGAAACAAAGAUCUAUGUUGCAAGAGGAAAUACUACAAACGAAGAUGAUGUCAUAGAUCCAAGUACCAUCAAGGAUGUAGGUGAAAAUGUGCUUAAUCAUUUUCAAAAAAUAUCACAUCACCUGAGGCCUGUCAACGAAACAGAAAGUUAUGUAGUUUAUCAGGUGGUGAGUUUUUGUGAACAGAGUGACAAUAAACUUGGACAAAUAACCACCAAAACCGCUUAUCAAGGCUUUACAUUUGAUGAGCUGCAUUUUCUUGAUGGCAAAAUCACAUAUCAGCUAUUUUCAAAUUACACUGAACCAGAAAAAAUACGGAAUCUAGAACUGUCCAAGUCACGUCUUGAGAAGUUCUAUUACCCAGCCUGUAUAAAAAUGCUGAAAAAUUACCUUAAAAAGAGAGAAACUCAACUAAACAGAAAAGUGAAACCGCUAGUCAGAGUCAUUCAGAAAGCAAAUUCAGAUUCUGGAGGGUCUUGUUUGAGUUGUCUGGCAUCAGGAUUUUACCCUCGUCACAUCAACCUGACCCUGUUCAGAGAUGGGCAGCCUGUAUCUGAUCAUGAGAUCACUGGAGGAGAUCUGCUGCCCAAUGCUGACGGGACGUACCAGAUGAGGAAGAGUCUGGAGAUCAGUGCUGCAGACAAACACGAAUACACCUGUUCUGUCCCACACCUCAGUCUGGACGUCACUUUGGAUUUCAGUGAAUCAUUUAAACCAGUGAUCCUCUCAGUGCUUAUAGUUUUGGCUCCGGUGUUGGUGUUUGGGACUGUAGUCGUCAUAUAUAUAAGGAGGAAGAGACGAGCAGCACCCAAAGAACACGUUGAAACAUGACUUCAUGACUCAUGACUUGAUGCUACAUGGAUCAACAUCUUCAAAAAAUGAAAAAAUAAGUUUUGACGGUUGCUUGGCUUUAUUAUGAAAUAACAGCAUGAACAAUAUUGUUAGUUUUUAUGUGCCGUUUUAACAAUUGUCCUUAAAACACAUUGUGAUCUGCACACAU